CGCUGGUGGGUCACGGAACAAACAGGCUUUUGAGUCAGAGGGAUCGGGUGCCGCGGGUCUGGCCCGGACCCAAGGGCUGGGGCAAGUGCCCUGUGCUCCAGCAGCUGGCUCAGAUGCUCCUUGCAGAGGCUGUGGGUGUCAGGCUCCCGUGUCAGGGAACAGUUCCAUCCCUCUGUGGGGCCACUGGCAUAUGCCAGGAGAUCCAGCACUCGCAGCAGCCACCCACUGGCCCCACUCUGUCUGCUGCUCUGGGCUGGGACCCCUCUCUGUGGGGCCAGGCAGGAACUGGGCAGAGAUGCAGGCAGGCAGGAUAGGGCAAGGGAGAGGCAAGCUACAAGCUGAGAUCCUGGCUGGCAGGCUGGGCAUCUCCCAGAGCAUCACAGGGAGUGCUGGGAUAACUGAUCCAUCCCUGUGGUCCAAGUGCUGCAUUUGGAGCAUGUUGGCAGAAAAGGGCUGGCAGCAGCGUUGGGGUGGCCAUGAGGGCACUGAGUUGCCACGCCAGGGACCUUUGGGGAUGCCUGCCCUGGGACGACUAUUGUUCCACAGAAGCCAGCACAGAGCAUCUGUAGGUUCCCCGACUUGCCCCAGCACUGGAGUGAUCCAGUGCCUCUGCCCCAAGGCGGUCCAGGCACAGCCAGAAUCUCACUGCCCUUCACAGGGGUCCUGGCACAGCAGGGAUCCCUCACCCUCUGCCCUUUCCACAGGUGGAAUCUGCUGGCUGCAACAGGGGAAGGAGGCUAAGUGCACCAUGAUCCUGAAGACAGGCGUGACGUGGGAGGAAUGCUGUGCCAACGGCAACGUGGACGUGGCCUGGUCUAACUACACCUACCCAGGCAACAAGAUCAGCUUGCUGGGCUUCCUGGGGCUGGUGACCUGCCACCCCUGCAAAGAGAGCUGCGAGGGCGUGGUGUGCGGCCCCGACAAGGUCUGCAAGAUGAAGCACGGGCGUCCCCAGUGUGCCUGUGCCCCCGACUGCUCCAGCCUGCCCCGCAAGCUGCAGGUCUGCGGCUCCGAUGGCUACACCUACCGGGACGAGUGUGACCUGCUGACAGCCAAGUGCAGAGACCACCCCGACCUCGAAGUGAUGUACCAGGGCAAAUGCAAAAAGUCCUGCUCCAGCGUGGUGUGUCCUGGCACCCACACCUGCGUGGUGGACCAGACAGGCAGCGCCCACUGCGUGAUGUGCCGGACGGCCCCCUGCCCUGAGCCCACCAGCCUGGACCAUGCCCUCUGCGGCAACAACAACGUCACCUACCCCUCGGCGUGCCACCUGCGGCGAGCCACCUGCCACCGCGGCCGCUCCAUCGGCGUGCGCCACUACGGGAGCUGCUCAGCUGCGGCCAAAUUCUCCUCAGAGACGGACAGCGUGGAGGAGAACUACGUGUGAAUCGUCCCUCGGCCGAGCCGGAGCUGGGAGACAGGGGCAUUAUGUGUAUAUUGUACAAACCAUAUACCUGAUAUUUAUUAAGAUAAAAAGAUCCUUAUUUAUCCCUGUGUAUGUUAAGCAGUCGCAGGGGGCUCGAUUCCCAUCCUGCCGGCCAGGGGCUCGUUGGAUGCUCUGGUACCCACCUGGUGUCCGGCAGAGUGGCUGGUGCCCUUCCCCGCUGUCAGUGCGGUGUGGAGGGGUGUCCGUGGGCCCCCCCACACGUGUCCUUGGCCAGCAGCCCUGGGCCUAUUUAUUUUUGGAUUAAUUCUCGGUACUCUGCUGACGUUUCUGGCCAGGACCUCGAGGUCCAGAGGGAAUCUGCGCUUUAGCCUUCCCUGAGGGGCUCGGCCCCAGCUGCCAGUGGCAGGAA